UAAAGUCAGUGAGCAACGUCAUCUCUUGGCUCUUACAGGACAUCAACAGCAGGAUUGGCCAAUCAUUUAUGAAAGCAUGGCCAAAAGGAUAAUCUAUUGUGAGAAACAUGCAAGCCAGCCACUUGAACUUUACUGUAAAGAUCACGACGACAUGCUAUGCACAGUUUGCAGUAAUAAUGAGCAUUUUGAGCAUAAUCUUGUUUCCAUUCAAGAAGCUGUAGUGACAUCCUUAGAAAAUGAGAAAUCCUUGGUCGGUUUAGCCAUGCAAAGAAUAGAGCUAUAUAAUCAGCAGAUUGGUAGAUCAGAUGAGGUACUCCACAUACACAAGAGUUCACAUGAAAAAAUGAUUCGUGAAAUUGAAAAAGAACGAAAAGCUAUGCAAGAAGCAGUAAACAAACACUACAAGCAACUUACAGAUCAGUCCUUUGAGGCACACUUUGAUGCCAUGAAAGAGUUUAGAACCUAUAAAACUCACAUGGAAGAAGAGAAAUCAUUAACCCAGAGAAUCUUAAAGCCUCUAUCUGUUCCAAAGAACUAUCGACACCCAGUUGAAAUUAUCAACUUGCAGGGUGCAGUUCAAGAAAAGUUAAACCAAUGCGAUAUUUUACCAGAAGUUAAAUUUCCUCUUCUGAACAGAACAGAUUUUGAGCCUGGGGUUCUUGACACAGCCAAACUCGGGACUAUCAUAAAACAUACAGAUACAAAAGGAACAUCACAUCCAGAACAAUCACUGGCCACUCCAAAGGCAGUUGGGUGUCCUCGCAGUCUAGUUUAUCCAUGUAUCCGUAUUAGGAAAUCACUUAUGCAAGAUAAACAAACAGGACACAAAGCACUUUUGGGCAUAACAUCAGGAACAAAUGGAGACUUGGUUUUACUGGAACUAUUUGGUUCAAACAAGUCGGAGAUUGUCUGCCUUGAUCCUAGAACUCUCGAAAGAAAAAACUCCAAUCAAGGAUCAUUUUAUGGGUUAUGUACAACAAAGGGAGGUACCUAUGCUUUAACAGAUCAAGUCAACAAGUGUGUGGCUAUUUAUGACCAGAAUCUAGUAUACCAGGGAAAAUUUGGUACACUACAAGAACCGAGGGGUAUUUGUACAAUGAAAACAACAGACAUACUGAUAUGUACGGACAUCAUGUCUAAAUGUGUGUCUUACUUCGAUGUUAACACAUUUCACUUCAAAACAAGGCCAAGAUUCAAAAAAGUUCCAGUAUACCCUUGGUACAUCACCACAAAUAGUAAAGGUACCGGCUUACGAGUCAUCAUUGUUUUGAAUAGUUUAGUGUUAAUGACAAUAUCUCAUUGUCAACAUUUUAGAUAAUAGAUGAAUAGGUAUUUUAAACAUGAAGAAAGUAUAUGUGAAGUAACUUGUGUAUCUUAGACUUCAUAUCACCCAAUGCUCUUCUUCUCCAAUUUUUAAUGUAUACAAUGUAUGAUUCCUAAGUUGUAAUUUGUACUUGUAGGUGUUGUCAUCAUAUCAGAUGAUGAUAGUCAUUGUGUAACAGGCUAUGAUAAAGAUGGUAAUACUGUGAUCGAGUAUGGAUCUGAGGGAUCAGAUUAUGGUCAACUCAAGGGGCCUGCAGGUAGGGAUACUAAUAUAUCUGUAUGGUUUAAAAUCACGGGGCCAAUUUGUUCACCAAUCAGUCUCUUUUAAAAGUAUACUUGAACAGUCAGCCGAUGGCAGUGACAAUUGACAAGAAUGGGGACCUUAUCGUUGGCACACAUGAAGGAGAGUUAGUGUUCAUACGUUAUAUGACCUGAUAGUUUACAUCAAUUGACAUCAUUGUGUUUAUCUGUGUGUUCAUCUGUGUUUAUUACAAGACCUAUGACAAAUAACAUGUACACAUACUGACUCAGUGUUAUGGACAUUGAUGGCAGCAAAUAAUAUUUAAUAAAAAUACAAAUAUGUAAGCUGGGGGU